CCAUGAGCAAACUCCAAUCUCAUCUGGGUCUCUCGCCGCUUUUGUACACCAGCUCCUUCAAUACCCAUUAGACCUUCGAAUCCUUCGUCAAAUAGUCCAAAAUCUCUCUCUCUCUCUCUCUCUCUCUCUCUCGUAUUACUUCUACUAAUUCUUAAUCUUCUCUCUCGCUCUUCCCAUGUUCAGAUCUCUCAAACUACUGUGACAGGUGAUAUUUGUUGGUGUGUGUAAUCAAUUAUGGGUCGGAGGGAUAGGGAUUUGUCGAGGUCUCGGUCACCGUCGCACCGACGGAGGUAUUCGCGGUCGCCGUCGCCGGUGGGACACAGGAACGGUUACAGUAGGAGAAGAAGCCGGAGAGAUAGAAGCCGAUCUCCUUAUUCUUACAGCAGACGAAGAAGUCGUUCAAUAUCCUCACGGCGCCACAAAAGUCGUUCUCCAACUUCAAGACGACGUAAAAGUCGCUCUCCAACCCCAAAGCGUCAUAAGAGACAAAGAAGUACAAGUAGCUCAUUGUCUCCUAUAGGAAAAUCUAAAUCUCCCAGUCCAAGUAUUGGGUCAAUAGAGCGCAAAGAUGCCACUGAAAAGUUGAGAAAAGAAGAAGAGGAAAAGAAAAGGCUCCUUUUGACGGAAGUUUCUGCUAUCUUUCGACUUGUUAUAUUUGAUGAUCAAAUUGGGUGCCUCGUUUAUCUACUGUUGACCCGUUUUGAAAUUCAUAUGUUUGGAUCAGGAAUCGGUUAGAGGUAUGCCUUAAAAGCAUAAGCAUAUAUAUUUUAGUGCCUUUGUCGACAUGAAGGUUAGUUUGUCGUUCAUUCUAGUUAUACAUUAAGGAGAGAAAGAAAAAAGGAGCUUUGCUAAGUCAAAUGCCGUUUCAACUUUUUACUGUUUUUUGGCUUCAAGGAAAUUUGGAAAUAAAAUGCUGUUUUUUCUCUACAUCAACAGUCAUUUUUGGUUUAACUUGGUUUUUUCCCUAACAGGCGUCAGCAGGAGGCAGAAUUAAAACUAAUAGAAGAAGAAACUGCAAAGAGAGUGGAAGAAGCAAUUCAGAAGAAAGUUGAAGAGAGCUUGAACUCUGAGGAGAUUAAGCUGGUGAUACAGAGGCGACUAGAGGAAGGUCGGAGGAAACUUCUUGAUGAGGUUGUAGCCCAACUUGAGAAAGAGAAGGAAGCUGCUCUUGUUGAGGCUAAACUAAAAGAGGGCAGAAUGAAUGGAUUCUAUAUGCAUUUACACGACCAUCUGAGGUUGGUUAUUGCUUGGAUCUCUAAAACGAGAAAUAGGUAAGUGGUUUUUGUAAGUUAUUUCUCUACGAGGAAAAUGGGUAAGGAAAAUCUGAACUACAUGUAAUCCUGAAAGGGUAGUAGCUCCGUCCUUGGGUCUGUCUAUUCCCAGUUCUACCUUUGUUUUGCCACUUCUUUUAAUCGCUUUAUGGACCUCUUAUGAGGUGGAAAUCUUUUUGACUUUUCCACAUGCCGUGUCCAGUAUUCUUCUGAUAUGUGUGUACAAACACAUUUUUUGGAUUAAUAAUUGGUUUGUGUCUUCUGCGGAAAUUAUUGCUUUUGUGUGGAUAGGCUGUAUGUGUUUCUAGUUAAUACAAUCUUGAUCUUCUCUGGCACCGACAUUGCAUAUUUAUGUAUUUGAUAGGAGCAAGCUCGAAAAGAAAAAGAAAAGCUGGAAAGGCUUCUUGAAGAGAACCAGAGGAAGGUGGAAGAAGCUCAAAGAAGGGAAUCUUUGGAGCAGCAACGGAGGGAGGAAGAACGUUACCGAGAAUUGGAAGAGCUCCAAAGGCAGAAGGAAGAGGCUAUGCGAAGGAAGAAACAGCAAGAGGAGGAAGAACGGGCGAACCAGAUGAAAUUGUUGGGCAAGAACAAAUCUCGGCCAAAGGUGUCGUUUGCACUUGGUUUCAAGUGAUUAAUAACAGUGAGAUGAUUCUGCUUCUCACUACUUAGGUGUGUGGUUGGCUCAUAAGUUGCUUGCUUUGAAUUCUAUAAAAUUUCAAUUUUAAAACUAGUUUCUGCUGGUGUAUUAUCUUUCAACAUUUGCCCUCCUUAUAUCGAAAAAAAAUAUUCUUGCAGUUUCUUUGCUAGUAGUCCUUAGAUCGUACCCGUGAUUGAUGCCUAUACCGUGACAUAUUCUUUAGAGGGUACAAUAGGUGCCUCUGUGUAAGAAUUCUGCUGAUUAAUUUUGAUAAUUUUCUUAUAUAGUUUAGGAACAGUAAGGGUCCAUCUGGGGGUUAGGAUUUCAAGGUGUGGUCCUCAAUUUCGACGAUCCAAGUUGCCACUGCAGAGUUGAACCGCCCAGAUCAUGGGUAGAAACAGGUACCAACAGUUCUGGUAACACUGUUACAGAUCACCAUUGAGGUUGGCUCCAAAUUGCGUAGAAAUUAUUGGCAUAGUUGUAAUGAGCUUUCCCCAUCGGCUGUUUCUCAAGCCCAAGCCCUUCCUUUGUCAAGUGCUACUGUAUUGCCAUGUAUGAGAAAG